AUGAAAUCAAAUCUAAACAAUAGAUCUAAAUAUAGCAUUUUAUUUAUCCAAAAUAUUGAACUAAAGCAAACUAUUGAAUUAGAACAAAUUAUUGAAACUAAUUAUAAUAUUAAAAUUAACCAAUAUAUUGAACUCAACAAAAUCAAUAUUCUUGAAUCUAAUCAAAGCAUUAAACUUAACCAAAAUAUUGAACUCAGCAAA